AUGAUUAACAAUAAUCUACUUAACUCUAAUGAACUUGAUUUAAAUAACACUGUUUAUUUUGAAUCUGAGACGACUAUUCCUCUUGAUUAUCCUGAUAUAUACAACAAUUCUGUACUCUCAGAAGAUGAUUACCAUGAUAUAUCUAAUUAUUAUAACAAUUCUGUAUGCUCAGAUGAUAAUAAUUAUAUGGCCACUCAAUCAUGCAACUCAGUAGAUAAAGAUGGAUCAGAUAAUAAUGGAACAGAUGAUGAAUUGCAUUUGGAAUUGGUAGUUGGUAUUUCAUUUUCAUGCUGGGACUCUUUUAAAGCUUGGCUUAAUCAUUUUGUACUGCAGGAAGGGUUUGACUAUAAAAUUAGGACGAGUGAAGCAGAUGAUAAAGGCAUAAUUCGAAGGGCAACCUAUGUGUGUACCAAAGCCGGCACUUAUAGUCCAAACGUGACAGUUGAUCCUACUAAGCGUCGUAAUGCUAAGUCUCAAAGGACUAAAUGUUCUUGGAAAUUAUGUGUUAUAUAUCCGAAAACAAUAGCGAGAGUAAAAAUCAAUUCUUUUUGUAAUAUUCACAACCAUCCACUUAUCUCUAUGGUUAAUGAGAUUGCUACACAAUAUCGCAAGUUGACUCCUGAUAUGUUAUCAGACAUUGAAAA